CGCACCAUGGACACUACUGUGGGAAACAACGUGAAGGCCGUAAGAAAGAGUAAAGAGGAGAAGAAAGUGUUAAGAAAACAAAUAAAAGCCAGUCACACUUUACUGAAGCAUGAAGGUGUCGACACAACAUCAAAGCCCACUAAGAGCUUGGUGGUGUCUAACGGAGGGCUGGGGAACAACGUUAGUCGAGAGGAGCUCCUUGCAGUCCUGAAAGAGAUGGGAGAAGUGGAGAGCCUGGUCAUGCCUCCUCACAAGCCCUAUGCUUUUGUCACAUACAGAUGUGAAGACAGUGCUCAGAAAGCUCACGCCCACCUUAAUGGACAGAAGUUGCAAUGUGGGGAAACCAGUGUCACACUCUACCUCAGCUAUGUUGACUCAGUAACCUAUAAAGAGAAGACGUCUGUUCCUUUGCCAGAAGGUUUAGUCUUGGUGGAGGAUUUUGUGUCUCCAGAAGAAGAAGUGAUGCUGCUCGCUGCUGUUGACUGGUCAGCCACUCAUGAUGAAGUCACAGCUCAAAAAUCUUUAAAGCACAGAAAAGUGAAACAUUAUGGCUUUGAAUUUCGCUACGACAACAACAACGUUGACAAGGACAAGCCCUUACCUGCUGGUCUUCCUGAGGAGUGUUUACCUAUUCUGGAGGGGUGUUUGAAGAAAGGAUACAUUAGCUUCAUGCCAGACCAGCUGACUGUUAACCAGUAUGAGUCUGGACAGGGUAUUCCCCCUCACGUGGACACUCACUCUGCCUUUGAGGACACCAUCCUGUCUCUGAGUCUUGGGGCAAAGACAGUGAUGGAGUUCCGUCACCCUGACGGUCGCGUUGUUGCCGUGGUGUUGCCAGGAAGGAGUCUCCUGGUGAUGAAGGGAGAAAGCAGAUACCUCUGGACUCAUGGGAUUACUCCAAGAAAGUUUGACAUGGUGCCAGCGUGUGAGCCACAUUCUGCUGCUCAUACGACGUCUGACCUGGGUAGCAGUCUCACUUUGAGCAAGAGGGGUACUCGUACAUCUUUCACUUUCCGCAAGAUCAGACAUGAACCCUGCCGCUGUGCCUUUCCCUCUGCUUGUGACAGUCAGGGAGCACCCUUGUCAUCCCUCCCCUCAAUUCCUAGUUACCAUGCCUCCGCAGCCCGUUUAGAGGAGGAGUAUGUGCACCGAGUGUACGAUGCCAUUGCCUCCCACUUCAGCCGUACCCGCCACACUCCCUGGCCUCGCGUUUGCCACUUCCUAUCCUCGCUUCCACCUGGCAGCGUGCUAGCUGACGUAGGCUGUGGAAAUGGAAAGUACCUUGGCGUGAAUCCACAGCUAGUCACAGUGGGAUGCGAUCGUAGCAGCGCCCUUAUCCAGAUCUGUGUAGAGAGAGGAUUCCAUGCAUUUUUAUCAGAUGCUCUUAGCGUCCCUCUGCGAACAGCUUCCUGUGAUGCCUGUAUCUCCAUUGCUGUAAUACACCAUUUUUCUACACAGGACCGCCGACUGGAAGCAGUAAAGGAGCUGAUGAGACUUUUAAAGCCUGGAGGUCGUGCGCUUAUCUAUGUGUGGGCUUUUGAACAAGAGUACAACAAGCAGAAGUCCAAAUAUCUCAAAGACCAUGACAAAGAGCCUCAUGGAGCAGAAAGCCCCACUCACAGUUCAUCAGAGGAUAGCUGGAAACCUCAAAAAGAAGCAAGUGGCCAUACCCCCUGCCAUUUAGGACACUGCUCCAAUCCUACUGACAACAUGCAGGAUGUUGGCAAACUUAGUCUGCACACUAAUCGAACAGCUUUUAAUUCCCAGGACCUUUUGGUUCCUUGGCAUCUGAAAGGUGGAAAAAUGCAAGGUGAGGAAGAAUCAACCUGCAGGUUAAGUUCCAGAACUGAUCCAGGUUUUAACCCAAGUAUGUCGUCUGGACCAAAGCCUGACAAACACAGCCCAGGCAAGAAACCCAGUCCAAGUAAUGAAGCCUCUCAGGCUUCUGGUUGUACUUUAAAGUCUGAGUCAGUGAACAGUACAGUACCUGUUUUUCAUCGAUAUUACCACGUGUUCCAACAAGGGGAACUGGAGCAGCUGUGUGGUCAGGUGGCUGAAGUCAAAGUGCUGACCAGCUAUCAUGACCAGGGUAACUGGUGUGUCGUGUUAGAGAAGGACUGACAAUUUAGAAAAACUAUCCUGCAAAUAUUCAUUUGGUACAGUCCAGACUUUGGUAAAGAAAUGAGAUGUUUUGAGAUAAAAAUACUUAAUGAAAUGAGCUGUCAUUUGUUGGAUUGUUAAAUGCAAUUAAAUUUAAAUAUAUAUCAAAA